AUGCCCCGUAAUAGGGAUGAAUUCUUAGACGUUAUCUACUGUGCGAGACAGAUUUUUGGCAUUCUUUUAGGCAUAGUAUGGGGCAUUGUGCCAUUAAAGGGCUUCCGGGGAUUAGUACUAUUCGCUGGUAUCAGUUGUGGCAUUGUGUACAUUUAUUCCACAAAUUUCCAAGGUAUUGAUGAGGAGGCUUACGGAGGCGCUUGGGAGCUGGUUAAAGAGGGUUUUAUGACGUCAUUUGCGGGUUUUCUUGUGACGUGGAUAAUUUUCUAUACUGGACUGCAUUAUGAUACUAUAAUGGCUGAGAAGGAGCUGUCAUAAAGCAGUUCCCAAAGUUAAGGAUUGCAGAUUUGUUUUAAGCCAAAACACCACAGACUUAAGCGCAUCAACAAAAUAUCUAUCGAAAAUAUCUAUUAAAAUUUUAUCCCAUUAUGAACGCAAUAUGUUAAAAGCCAGUGGUCCACGGGCGAAAUAGUUCAGCAAAUGUGAAAAAGUGACCGAUUUGUCCCCAACUAUCUAAGCAGUUCCUUACAGUUAAAUGUAUAGCUUUCGACCAUCAUAAUUUUAAAACUAUUAGUUAAUACAAUUAUAUUAUACACUGAGAUUCGUUCCUCACACGUUUCUGCAUUUCUCAGCAUUUUGUAUUUAGAUGUGCUGCAUAAAUGUACCACUAUCGUACGUGUUUAAAUUUUUCUAUGAAAAAAUAAACGUUUAA